CUUAGUGGGUUUAGGGUUCUGGGACAAGGUGCCCAAAACCCCCGUUCUGGUUGCCCUGGGUCCCUGUUUCUGCUGUCAGCCUUGACUCAGAAAUUGUGUGGGAGAUCACGAUGUUUGCUUGGAUUGUUCUGUCUUCACCCAGAUCACUGGCAGUUGGUGGGGAACCUCUUGGCCAGCCUAGGGUGAUGAAACCUAUCACUCCAACAGGAGAAUGGGACUGUGGAUUCCCAGUUGCUCCUCCCCUUCCUUCCUCUCUUUGGGGCUAAAUGUCAAGCAGGCAGAAACACAAGCAGCAACUGACCAAGUAGCCAUCCAGGGAAGAUGCAGCCACUCCUGAUCCUGUUGGUCUUUCUUCUACCCCCUGGGACUAGAGCAGGGAAAAUCAUCGGAGGCCAAGAGGCCAGGCCCCACUCCCACCCCUAUAUGGCUUAUCUUCAGAUUUUGACUCCGGCUGGCUUAAAAAUUUGUGGAGGUUUCCUGGUGCGAGAAGACUUUGUGUUGACAGCAGCUCACUGCCUGGGAAGGCUCAUAAAUGUCAUCUUGGGGGCCCACAACAUCCAGGAGCUAGAAAGCACCCAGCAGCACAUCCCUGUGCUCAGAACUAUCCCCCACCCUGAAUAUAAUUCUCAGAACAAAUGGAACGACAUCAUGUUGCUGCAGCUGGAGACUAGAGCCAGACAAAAUGAAGCUGUGAGACCUGUGGCUCUGCCUCAGACCCGGGCCAGACUGAGGCCUGGUGCCUUGUGCACUGCAGCCGGCUGGGGCCUGGUUGGCCUGAACAGGAGAACAAGCACACUCCAGGACGUGCAGCUGAGAGUGGAGACAGCUAAGGAGUGCCGCAUUCGCUUCAGUUUCUAUACUGACCGAUUGCAGAUUUGUGUGGGAAACCCAAGAAAGCAGAAGUCUGUCUUCCUGGGGGACUCCGGGGGCCCCCUCGUGUGCAACAACGUGGCCCAGGGCAUCGUCUCUUAUGGAAAACCAAGUGGGACCCCUCCAGCAGUCUUCAUCAGGAUCUCAAGCUUCUUGUCCUGGAUAAACAGAACAAUGAGACGCUUCAAACAGCAGGGUUAAACUGGGAAGACUGACUCUUAUUCCUUGGGGUGGCGAAUGGUGGGGACAGUGCCAUAGCCUUAAUAAAUGUCCAUGUCUAGAGUGAAAAUAACAGAUUUCUUGUUUAUUCAUAGAACACCAUUCGGUGCACAACAAAUGUGCAACAGGUAGACCUCUGUUCCCAUUUCAACUGUUUCUUGCUUCCUCCUCAUCCAUUUUUCCCCUGCCUCUGCCCAUCUCUUAAAACUUCACUGUUUUCCAAUUAUUUGAGAUGCCACCAU